AUGGGUUCAUCUCACUCUACUGUAGCUGAAUUUAAAUCUAGUAUGAUGAGUAAAUUUGAGAUGACUGAUUUGGAUUUGUUGCAUUAUUUCCUUGGGCUUGAGGUGAAACAAGGAGAAGGGGAAGUAUUUGUUUCUCAAAAGAAAUAUGCAUCAGACCUUCUUAAAAGAUUUGGCCUUGUCAAUUGUAAAUCUGCCGCAACACCCAUGAAUAUGAAUGAAAAAUUGCACCAGGAAGAUGGUACUGGGCAAGCCAAUGCAAGAAGUUUUAGAAGUCUAGUUGGAGAUUUGAUUUAUUUGGCUCAUACUUGCCCAGAUAUCUCUAUUUUGUUGGUGUUGUUUCAAGGCUCGGUGGAUGAUAGGAAGAGUACAUCAGGCAAUGUGUUCAGCCUUGGAUCAGGUGCAAUAACAUGGAGUUCGAAGAAACAAGUAACAACAACAUUGUCGUCUUCAGAGGCAGAGUACAUCGCAACAACUACUUCAGCUUGUCAAUGCAUUUGGCUUAGGAGAAUUUUGGUUGAUCUGAACUAG